AUGACAGACAAAGAGACUAUUAAAAUAUGUUUGGUUUGCGGCGAUAAAGCAAUAGGUACAAAUUUUAAUGUAAUUACUUGCGAGUCAUGUAAAGUAUUAUUCAGAAGAAAUGCUUUACAUUAUGAGUCAUUUAAAUGUCAAUUUGGAGACAACUGUAUCAUUGAUGUCUUGAGGAGAAGAUUUUGCAAGAAAUGUCGUUUAAAGAAAUGUUUUGAUGUGGGAAUGAAAAAAGAAUGGAUUCUUAACGACGACGAGCGUAAAGUCCGUCGAAAGAAGAUCGAAGAAAAUCGUAAAAAACGAAAGAUUUCUCAAAUAUCGCAAAGCGAUGCUUCAAAUUCAGACACAAAUAGUCAAAUGGAUACAGAAUUUAGUAAUAGUCUGCAGAUUCUGGAGAAAACCAGUGAUAUUGAUGUCAAUGACGAACGACUCAAUAAAGAAAUUAUGGAAAUCAAGAAUUAUAUUAAAAGUAAAGAAAUACUUGAAGUGUCUGAUAGUGUCUUCUAUAAGGCCGUCGAGUUUGAGUUUUCUGUUGUUAAUUCAAUGGCCCAACCGUUUGAUAAAAACAAUUUAACAGAUAUUGAGGCUAACCGUAUGUCUGAGUUAAUCAAUGCGACUCAAGUGAUGACAACCAUUAUGUCUACUCAUGUAAUGUCGGAUUACCAGAAAGCGGUUAUACAUGAGUUUCAGCAAAACAAAGUGCCUGAAUCGGCCAAUGAUAUCACUAAAUUGAUGGCAAUUCAAUUGGAGAAUAUGGCCAUCAAAACAGUAAAGAUGUGCAAAAUGUUGAGUGGAUUUAAAAUUCUGUGCGAAAACGACAGAAUCGCUCUUUUGAAGUACGGAUCCAUUGAAAUCUGUACCAUUCGGUCGGUCCUAACAUUUAACUUUGAAUCCGAGUACUGGACUUUUGUUUUGGAUAGCGAAAACUCUGUUGUCUUACAUCUGGAACUGUUAAAGCAAAACAAGAAAAAUACAUUUAUUAGUAAUAGAAACUUCUUGAAGAAGAUUGAGGCAGUUUGGGACUCGGAUGUUGUUAUCAUUGAUUUGUUGACUGCAAUAGUAUUAUUCAAUCCGGAACGACCUACUCUUCAACAUAAAGAGUUAGUCAAAUUACAACAACACAUUUACAUGUAUUUAUUGCAACGCUAUUUGAUGUCUAAAUACCGGUCGGAAUGUGAGGCAAAGUCAAAGUUUUUAAGGCUAUUAAACUGUUUGACAGAUUUGCCGAUUUUGAAUGAAAAGGUUGUCCAGAAUUGGUUGGAAGCGGACACCAAAAAUACAAUGCCUUUAAUGAAUGAAAUUUGUGACCAAAAUAAACCUAAUAUUAUGUCUUAA